AUCUCCUUCAACCCCCUCUCUUUCUAAAGAGCAAUAAUGGCCUCUCCCCUCGCACAGUUUGCCCUCACCUUGAUGGUGGCCAUCACUUGCACAGCAUCACUAGCAUACUCACAAGCACCCUCUCCCUCACCUACGGAUGAAAUAGGGGCUCGGUUCGAGGAUUGGAUGGCCCUACAUGGCCGAACAUAUGACAAACCCGAGGAGAAGGAGCGUCGCUUCCUCAUUUUUCGACAAAACGUCGAGUUUAUCGAUUCUUUUAACAUGGCCAAAAACCAUUCUUUUGAGCUAUCUGCUAAUGGAUUUACCGAUAUGACUAACAAGGAGUUUGUUGCCAAGUACAUGGGACUCAAGCCACAAAAGCAAGGAGGUAGUGAAAUGGAUGACGUAGAGUUUGGCCAUGGGAAUGUGACACACAUACCGGGUAGCAUGGAUUGGAGGCAAAAGGGUGCGGUUACAGCGGUCAAGAACCAGGGAAAUUGCGGUGGUUGCUGGGCUUUUUCAGCAGUUGCAGCCUUGGAGGGUAUAACAAAGAUCAAGACCGGAAAAUUGGUGUCCCUUUCCGAGCAGCAGCUUAUCGAUUGCGACACAGAAAACGACGGCUGCAUGGGUGGCUACAUGGUCACCGCAUUCCAGUACAUCCGUGCCAAUGGCGGUCUCAGCACAGAGUCGAACUACCCUUACCAGGCCGCAGAUGGAAACUGCGACACUCGUAGGGCAUCUUAUCAUGCGGCCUCUAUCAGAGGAUACAGGGAGGUACCAGCUAACAAUGAGAAUGAAUUGUUGAAGGCAGUGGUCCAACAACCUGUAUCAGUAGCCAUAGAUGCAAGUGGCUAUGCCUUCCAGUUUUACAAGGGCGGGAUCUUCUCAGGCGCGUGCGGGACCGAACUGAACCAUGGGGUCACGGCCGUGGGUUAUGGGGCACAGGAUGGAAAAUUGCAUUGGCUAGUGAAAAAUUCUUGGGGCUCACGGUGGGGGGAGGGUGGGUACGUGAGGAUGGAGAGGAACAUUGGCAAUAAAGAGGGCAUAUGUGGCAUUUCAAUGAUGGCUUCUUAUCCCCUAAGAUAGACAUGUUACUAUUGUUGGUUGUGUAUCGUCUUAAGGAAAAAAGCAAACACAUACGCAAAAUGAUUAAUAGUUUUUAUUAUGUUUCCGUUGUGACGUACGUUAGAUCUUGAUUAGAUGAUUGAAAAUAUAAAUAUGUAAAAUGAUUAAUAGUAUUGAUUAUGUUGGCGUUGUGUUGUUGGA